AUGGACUGCGCUCGCCUGCAGGAGCACCUUGCCCAGCUGCUCGAGCACGACACAGCCAAGGUUGUUCAGCAUGGCUGCAUCGUGCGAUAUCCCACUCUGAAAAACGCAUCGCAAGUGGUUGCCGAAAUCGGCUGCCAGCCCACCCCCGCCCUUCUAAGCAAGAUUACAGACCAAGACAUCAAGCUCUUCUUUGCCGCCACGUUCAACUGGCCAGAAGUUGCCCAGGCCUGCGCCGCCAACCCCACCCUCCCCAAUGUCUUCCUCAUCCAAGCCACCCUCACGUCCAUCGAGUCCCAAGCUCUGGGCGUGUUUGAGAUUCUGUACACCGAGCUGGAUCGCCGAAGCCCCGACAACCUCGAUGGCGUCGCCAAGGAGUGUGUCAUGCAGCUUAUCCUGGAAGGCCGCAUUGCCGUUAUCAAGCAACACCAGAGCCAAUGGCCACCUGCCCUCGUUGGCCAAGCCAUCAUGGAACGCCCUCGCACGACCAUCAAUGAUGUCGCGACCAUGCAGCAUCUUUUGGAAAUUAAACUGAGCGAGACUGUCUGCCAAGAGCUCUUCUUGCGCGCCAUUGAAAAUGACAACUUGGAAGUGGUCGAGUGCUGCCAGCGGCUUGGCUACGGCACCAAACUCUUCGCAGCCAAGCGUCUUGCCCUGGUCAAGGCCAUCGCACUUUCUCCUGCCACCAUCAAGCUGCUCGACCUGCUGGGAGAAGCUCAUGUUGCCGACGGAGACUCGCCCUUGUGUGACUCGGAGUUUUGUACUGAACUUUAUCUGGGCAAGCCCAUUAUCGUCUUGGCCUGCCGCCGCAACAACAUUGAAUUGGUCCGUCGGCUUCUUGCAUCCGCUGGUCAUUUGCUCAGUCCAGAGGAUCGCAUCGUCAUGCUCUGCGAAGUCCUCGAAAAUUCUCGCACCGAACUCUUCCAAGACCUUGUGGCCUGGGAUCCGAGCCUGUUGCGCCCCGAGAUGGCCCGCAAGGCACUCGGUGCGGCCAUGUGUUCUUCUGACAACCAGACCACCGAACGUGUUAUCUUAGCCGCCGACCUCAACAAGUCCCACGAACACAUCGUUUACAACGCCGUCCUGCACGCAGCGGGCCAAUGCGAGUGCGUUGAGUCUGCCCUCAAGCUCAUUCUCGACUUGACCGACAUUGAUGGUUCCGAGCUGCUGGCCAAUGAAGUCCUCGAGGCCUGCAUUCGAUCCAAUCAGAUUGGCUUGCUGACCCUGCUCUUCACACGCUACAGCCUCGAUAUUGAUCCAGAUGAGCUGGAUGUCUCGGGCCUCAUCCAGGACGCUGUCUUGCACGGACAUCGCGAUAUGGUUGCUCUCCUCUUGGAGCACCUCCGACCCGCCUCGAGCUCUCUCAAAGCCGUGCAACACCAGGCAUCACGCCGCCGCUCCUCGGCAUGUGCUGGCGCUUUCCAGGCGCUCGACUCAUGGAUGGAAACUCAACGCCGGUCCUCUGGCAACGACUCGCCCGCCCGGCAGCGACGUGGUGGCAAGCCUGGCCUCGUCUCACAUCGCAGCUGCUCCUCCAUGGAAACCCAUCUCCGCCCCAACCUGACCACCAUCGUGGACACUGCUGUCUUGGCUGCCAGCGGCGGUGUCUCACCGCCCACAAACCGCCGCCUGUCGCCCUUCACACGUCGUCGCAUUAGUGGCCAACUCACCGAGGUGCCCUUUACUGCCCCGCGCCUCAACGAUGACGUGGCCCUAUCUCUCGUCACCAACAUUGCUUUGGGUCGCUUCAACAGUUGUCUUGAAGACUCGCGCGACACGCUUAUUCUCAGCUAA